GAAGCUCCUUUCCCCUCGCCCUCCCUGAAGGAGCUGGAGAGAGGGCGUGAUGUAGUUUCCGCUUCCGGUCCCUCUUUUCCGGCCCUCCGGUGCUGCACGCUGGGCUGGUGUUCGACUCCAGCUGGGGCUGCAGAAGGCAACAGUGAUCAUGGCGAUGUUUGAGCAGAUGAGAGCGAACGUGGGCAAGUUGCUCAAGGGUAUCGACAGGUACAAUCCUGAGAACUUGGCGACCCUGGAACGCUAUGUGGAGACACAGGCCAAGGAGAAUGCCUAUGAUCUGGAGGCCAACCUGGCUGUCCUGAAGUUGUACCAGUUCAACCCAGCCUUCUUUCAGACCACAGUCACUGCCCAGAUUCUGCUGAAAGCCCUCACCAACCUGCCCCACACCGACUUCACUCUGUGCAAGUGUAUGAUCGACCAGGCACAUCAAGAAGAGCGGCCCAUCCGACAGAUCUUGUACCUUGGGGACCUGCUGGAGACCUGUCACUUUCAAGCCUUCUGGCAAGCCCUGGAUGAAAACAUGGACCUCCUGGAAGGCAUAACUGGCUUUGAAGACUCUGUCCGAAAGUUUAUCUGCCAUGUGGUGGGCAUCACGUACCAGCACAUCGACCGCUGGCUGCUUGCAGAGAUGCUGGGAGAUCUGACCGACAACCAGCUUAAGGUGUGGAUGAGCAAGUACGGCUGGAGCGCCGACGAGUCAGGGCAGAUCUUCAUCUGCAGCCAGGAAGAGAGCAUUAAGCCCAAGAACAUCGUGGAGAAGAUUGACUUUGACAGUGUGUCCAGCAUCAUGGCCUCCUCCCAGUAACUGCGUGCGUGCGUUGAAUAAAGGCUUGUUCACACCACC